AUGGACUUAUCAGCUAAUAAUAACAAUAGUAAUAGUAAUAAUAAUAAUAAUAAUAAUAAUAAUAAUAAUAUCAUCGCUACCACAAAUACUAACAAUAAUCAUAAAGUUACCAAUUUUAUUUCCAAUACCACUACUGCAACUGGCACAAUUUCUAAAAGAGGUUCGUAUUCUAAAAAUGGUUGUAUCACAUGCAAGGUUAGAAAAAAAAGAUGUUCCGAAACCAAACCCAUUUGUAAUGAUUGUAAAAGAUUAAAUUAUGAUUGUAUCUAUCUGUUGGAGGGUACCCCAAAGAAUGUUCUAAAAGAAUAUAAAGACAAAGUUCAAGAAAAGUUAAAUCUGAUGAAAUUGAAUAAUAUAGCAACUAGCGUUGUUACUACUACUACUACUACUACUAAUAAUAAUAAUAAUGGUGAUGAUGAUGAUGUUCAAACAGUAAAACAAGUUACAAAUACUAAAAAAAGGAAAAAUAAUAUUUUAAGUGCUGAUAUUAUGUCUGAUGGUAAUACACCAUUCAGAAAAAUGCAGAAAGUCAGAACCGGUAAGAAUAAAAGGAGGAAAAAUAAAAUAAUUAAAAAUAUCUCGAAUUCUACGCCCAAUUCCAGGAAAUAUUUACAAGACAUAGUGAAAUAUCCAUUAUUAGGCCUUCCCACAUCUCCUAAUAUUGAUACAAAUUGUUGUUUGGAGGAUGAUUUUCAUAUUAGUAAUAUUACUAUGUAUAACAAAAGCAAUGCUAUUAAUAAUAAUAAUAAUAAUAAUAAUAAUAAUAAUAAUAAUAAUAAUAAUAGUCCAAAUAAUAGUAGGAAAAAUAACAUAAAUAGUAAUAAUACAAAAAUAUCACAUAUUAUUAAUGAGAAACCAUUUACAAAUGGAACAUUUGGCAACGGGUUACCAAUGGCUUUCUCAAAUGAUAAUAACAAUAACAUUUUCUCCUCUGGCAGCAUACCAUCUGUGUCUGCCACUGAUCUUUUAGCAGAGGCAGUAUUGUCUUCUGGAUGUUUAGAAGAUACUAACAACAGUAUAACUUCUUCCUCAUCUUCACCCGGGUAUUUAAACGAUUUGGCCAAUAACUUGCAGGAUUCUACCGACAACAACUGUAACAAUUUAAUUAUUUUUAAUCGUUUAUUAAAUACCCCCUAUUCUUCGCAACCAUUAUCAAAUCCUAUAUUAUGUAAACUGGAUGAUAUUGGCGUUUCCUUAUAUGAUUAUUAUAGAUACCAUCUAGCUAAAAUCAUAUCUAUCGCACCAGUAAGGCAAAAUUUCUAUUUACAAGUUUUUCUCCCGAUGGCGCAUUUACAUGAAGGUAUACUCUAUGGAGUAAUGGCAUGGAGUGCACACCAUUUAUCAAUCAAUAUGAAUUCCCAAAACAAUUCUUCCAAGAUGCUGCCUUUGGAUGAUGAAUGCAUCAUAUCAUCUUCGGAGAUUUCCAUCGAGAGAAAGUAUGCUGAUAUUGCCAAUAAAUACACUUUUAAAAGCUUAGAAACUUUAAAGAAUAUUUCAACAGACUUGCAAAAUGACGAACAAUAUGAUAUCGACAUUUCUCUAGAGCAUACAAUGAAAAAAAAUGAAAAAAAGUAUUUAUGGUCACUAGCACAGAUAUUGGUUUUAUGUGGUGCCGAAAUCUGUCAAGGAGAUGUCAACAAAUGGAGAAUCUUGUUAAAACUGGGUGGUAGAAUAAUAGAAAAGAUAUUACCAAGGGGGAAAGAUGAUAUAACAAGUUUAUUUCAGUAUAAUUCUAAUGGAAACAUUACGAAUGCAGCCAAUUGCAAUUACAUAAGUGUCAGCGAUAAUGGUCUAGAUAAUGUUACAAAAUAUUGGUUGAUUGCUAAUUUUAUAUAUCAUGAUAUUAUGUCACCAGAUGGAACCUAUUUCCCCAUGCACCAAUAUAAUAAGUUUUUGACACAAGAUGAGUUUAUAAUAAGAGAUGAAAACCAAGCACCAAUAAUUGAUCCAUUGUUAGGUGUAAAUAGACCCAUUUUCAAAAUCAUUGGAGACAUUACUAAUCUAAUUAGGAAGUACAAGAAACAUAUGAAAAAUUAUAAUCACAAUAAAUUAAAGGCUAGAGCAGAUUCAAUGGACUACGUAAGGAAAGCAAUGGAUAUAGUUCAUAAAUUGUAUUCUUUACCUCCACCAACAUCAACACAAUUAAAGGUGUAUCAAGAAUCUGUAGAGGCAUCACUAGCUUUAUAUGAAGUCUUCAAAUUAACUGCGUUAAUAUAUAUUAAGGCAUCCCCUAUUCUAUUGCCCUUGGUAUCAACAACAAAUACCAAGAAAAAUAAUGGUGAUAGUCCCACCACAAAUAAAGAUUUUGCAUUGAAAUACAGUAAACAUAACAGAUAUGUGAAUAAUACAUUUGAAGUUCAAUAUUAUUGGGAGCAAUUGAGCGCUAAUCUUAAAAAUGUGUUAGGAUCAAUCUUGGAAGGAUCGUUGUGUUUCCCUCUUUUCAUUUUUGGGUUAUAUUCACCCAAAUCACAAAGAAUAGAAGUAGAGUGGAUAUUUGAUGAUUUUAUCAAGAGAUAUAAGUGUAGAAAUGUUGAUUUGGCUAGAGAGUUGAUGAGGAAAUGUUGGAAAACUAUGGAUAAGUAUAGUAUAAGUAACUCGAAUGCUAUAAAAACUAAUACCAGUAUUGCAUCAGAUAAUUUUAUAACGCACAGAGAAGGUGGUGUUAACAGUGUUGUCUCUGUUUCUAGUAAAUAUAGUGAUGAAAGUAGUAAUACUAGUAACAAUACCUCAUCUUCGACAACAACCACAAAAAGCAAUGGUGAAAUCAAAGAUUGGUUCGAUAUAGUUGACGAAUUAGGCUGGGACAUUAGUUUCGCGUGA